AUGGUUCUUGUAGAGAAUUGGAUGCCUCCCUCAAGGGAAAACUGGGAAUUAAUCGUUUGGGGAUUUCAAUGUUUCCAUUGGUGUGUGGUAACAAUCACUCAAUGGGUUCAACCAUGGUACGGUGCAGGCAAGACCUCAACCAACAGUCGAUUUAAUCUUCCAGGAAAGCUGGGUUGGAUUACGAUGGAAUUGCCUGGGUUGAUGACUAUGCUCUACAUUAUGUAUACGUUGCCCAAUAAGGUGGGGUUGAAUGACUUGCCUUGGGAGAAUAAGCUGAUGGCGGGGCUUUAUACCAUACAUUACAUCAAUCGUGCCAUUAUUGGCCCUCUUAUCUCUCCUUCUAUGUCACCCAUACAUUUUUUAGUUUGGCUUUCGGCGAUUGCAUUUCAAGUGACAAAUGCUACAUCACUGGGAUGUUAUUUUGCUGGUUAUGGGCCUCUUACAAGAGCUGAUUGGAAACCUAUAUCGGGAAAUCCAUAUGUAAAUGGAGCACGGAUCGAGUUAGGCAUGAUGAUUUUCUUUCUCGGUCUCGUGGGCAACAUAUUUCAUGACGAUGAACUACGUGAAAUCAGACGUGCGGCACUUCGAAAACAAGCAGCACAGAAUGACCCUUCAACUGGAAAAAACAAAGGCAAUACCAAAGUAGACAAAGUGUACAUGCUUCCCCAAAACGGUCUCUUCAAUUAUAUUCUAUAUCCUCAUUACUUUUGUGAGUGGAUCGAAUGGGCUGGUUUCUUCAUAAUGGCUGGAAGUGGUUGCGUGCCUGCAAGAAAUUUUCUUAUCAAUGAGAUAACUACGAUGUUACCAAGAGCUUUACAAGGAAAAGCUUGGUAUGUGAAGAGGUUUGGUAGAGAGAAGGUUGGGGCAAGAAAGGCUAUAAUACCGGGGGUUUUGUGAGUCAUGGAAGAUGGAUCGGAUCGGCGGUGAAGAUCGUUCAUGAACAAUGAAAGUUCUCCAGGUUUUCCAGACAGGUUCUAGAAAAUUUCUGGAUGGCUGUACUUUAAUCCCUGGUUCUAUUUUGAUACUUUCGUAGAGUAGUGCAUAGGGCAGAGACGGAAAGGAAGGGUGAAGAGAAGCUGGAAAUGAGCCCUCGUUGAUCAGGACGAGAAUAGAAACUGGGAAGAGAGAUUGACCAAGUAAAAGAAAGUCUCACAGCAAAAAAAAGACUAAAAGUACGAGAAGCAUAAGAACAUACAUUAAUCUAUAUCAUUCAAAUGAUAUACCUCAAGAUAUCCCCUGACCAUAGAAAGGCAUUGACCAAUGAAAGAUGAUUAUGUUUAAGCGAGUAUU